AUGGAUGUCUCCGAUGCGCUGGUGCAGUGGAUACAAGAAGACGAAUGCGGGGGGGAAGGUGAGGAGCGUAGGUCUUUCAGCUAUUAUAUCUCUCUCUUCUUCCCGGAUGAAAAUCCGAUUGUAUGGUUAGUUAUCCACUUGGGACUUAUCUUUCUAUACUUUGUCAUGUAUGUGGAUUUGAAGGAGUACGAUACCACGAUGAACGGAACCCUCCUAUCUAUCGCAUUCGUUUGCAUCGUAAAUUACACACUGCUGAUCAUAUUUCUACUUGUGAGGUUAAUCAUAGUCAAGGUGAUACUGGAGCGGUUAAUGGUUGCAUCGCCCAUCUCCUUCUCUCUAAUAAAGACACUGGAUCCGUCCCUAACCUACGUCAUCUGGGCCACUAUACAAAUGCUCUUGUGGCAAUCCGUCAUUUAUAGAAAUGUGGGUGGGCAUAGUUUUUCCAUUUACUUCUUUGGCAGUUACAGUGCAGCGUACCUCACUUUCCGCAGUUCAGCGCUCAAAUGGAUCACUAUCGCCAUCUACCUAUGUCCAAUCCUAUCUCUCAGGACCAUGUGCCUCUCUAUCCUCGAAACCCUCUUCGAGGCUGGCAUUCUAAUGGUGUGCAAAGAGCCGCUGGAAAAAUACAUUAGCAUGUACAAACUCGUAAGAAAGCUAAACUAUGCAUGGCUAAAGUACGUUCUGACCAAUAAGGAUGCUUUCAAAAUGCUGGAGGAGGGCGUAAAGGGAAAUCGAACAGUUUGCAGCAGUGUUCUUGAACAAAUCGAUGUUAAAAAAACAGAGAAGGGGAAAAAACGCAUUAAAUAUAAUGGGGGUAAAGAGGCCAGCGCCCACAUUCUUGACAUAGAAAAAAAUGAUUUUGCAGAUGAAUGGGGUAACUUAUUCCAAUUUUACAUUAACCAAAAGAAUAUGUCAAAAAUGCAAAACUGGUUCAUAUCCUACCAUAUCAGUGAGAUUCCGCCCAUAAUCCACCUCCUGCAUCAAGAGGUUGAGCUACGCGGCCGAGACGUCAUAUUCACUGCGUUUGACGCCUUCUUCAACCAAAUAUACGCAACCACCAAUAGCAAAAAUUCCAAUAACAUGGAUAAAUCCGAGUGUGAUGACAUUUUACCAACGCCACAUCGCCCUAUUGAAAUCAAGGAACAAGUCGCCAGGCAGGUACUGGCAAACGCGGUGCGCCAAUCGUCCAUCAAGCUUGAAAUGUCCGUCCCAGAUGAAUCGCAUCUAAAAGGGAAAAAACAAAACUUCUGUAUGUGGUGUCUUAAGUACGUGCGCAAGGUACUCGGUUUUACCGAUGAAGAAAGGGAAAUGGUCCGCUUGAGUGAAAGACUCAAUAAGGUGUCCUUCCAGUUUAACAAACUGGCAAACUUUCAUUCUCCACGGGCUGAAAGUGAUAUAUUCCUGUCUGCAUCUAAUUUCAAAGCAUUUCUUAGCGAGGAAGAUGCGAUGGAGAUGAUCUACUGGUUCGACUGUUCAGGCCACGGUAAAAUAAACUCAAGGAUGUUUAGCCGCAAACUUUUCCACUUAGUAUACCUCAGAAAAAAAUUUAAGCAUAGCAUGAAGGGGCAGGAGUCUGUGUUUCGUGUGAUGAACCGCCUGAUUUCCGUAUUUCUGUGGAUAGUAAUUGGAAUCACAAUUGCAAUCAUAUGUGACGUUACAAUCGAAGUCAUCGUCGCAUCCUGCGCCGCACUUAUAUCGUCAAUGACUGUGGCAUUAAGCUAUCUGUACACAAACUUCAUAAGCAGUGUCAUAUUUGUGGCCGUGUCGAAUCCAUAUAACGUUGACGAUCGCGUCCGAUUAGAUGAUGGUGAGCCACUUUUGGUCCGCAAAAUACGAACAUAUAGUAGCGAAUUCGUAUCUAUGCAGGGAAAGGUGAUAAUCAUACAAAAUUCCACACUUGCAGGAAUGAAAAUCACAAAUGAAACUCGUGCCACAAAUGCCAUAUUCGAAAUACCUCUUAAAAUCGAUUUUUAUACCUCUUCAGAAUCCAUGAACCUUCUAGAAGAAUCAAUCAAAGAGUAUAUCAACUCCCAUCCCAGCGACUUCGUAAAAGACUUCGUCUUUAUAUUCAUCAGCGAAUUGCACCCCGGCUACUAUUACGAGAUCAGAAUAUGGAUUAAGUGUGUUGAGGGUUGGGGGAAUUGGAGAAUGAUACAUAUCUUGCGUACAAAUUUCAUGGAAUUCAUGUUGAAGCGGUGUAAAGAAUUGUCAAUAUCUUAUAAAAUGCCCGAUCAGAAAAUCAUCUUCCCCGAUUCUCUCUCCAUUUACAAUUUUGAUGCAGUCCCUAUCCCAUCCCCUCAGCUUCCCACCAUACCGUCUUCACUUCCAACCAAAACUGAGACGCAUACAAGCAAGAAAUGA